UGGGCUGCUGUCAUGUGAUUUCUGUCCUGAAUCAGAGCAGAGCGGCUGAAACAAUGUCUCGGUUCGGAUCUCUCCUCUGGUUUCUCUCUGUUCUCAUCUCCCAAGGUCUUCCCUCCCCGCUGGCGGGUAAAGAAGUCUGGGACUAUGUGGAAGUGAGGCCCGGGGCCCACAUGUUCUGGUGGCUUUAUUAUGCUGACAGUCCGUCUGCUCAGUAUCACGACCUGCCGCUGGUCAUGUGGCUGCAGGGUGGACCAGGAGGAUCAGGGAGUGGCUUUGGUAACUUUGAAGAAAUUGGACCACUGAACAGAGACCUGGAGCCCAGGAAGACGAGCUGGGUGCAGGCAGCCAGUGUGUUGUUUGUGGAUAACCCAGUGGGCACCGGCUUUAGCUACGCUGAACGGCCCGACGGCUUUGCCACCAACGUCUCCACUGUGGCCUCAGACAUGCUGGUGCUGCUCAAACAUUUCUUCACACAGAUACCAGAGUUCCAGAGCAUGCCCUUCUACAUCUUCUCUGAGUCAUAUGGGGGAAAGAUGGCCGCUGCCAUCUCACUGGAACUCAGCAAGGCUGUAGCCCAAGGCUCAGUGAAAUGCAACUUUGCAGGCGUGGCACUUGGAGACUCGUGGAUUUCCCCGUUGGACUCUGUGAUGACAUGGGGUCCAUACCUUUACACCACUUCCCUGCUGGACGACAACGGCCUGGCCGAUGUCAACAGUGCAGCGGAGAAGGUGAAGCAAGCUGUGGAGCAGCAGCAGUUUCUGAAAGCCACAGAGCUGUGGUCGGUCACUGAGACGGUAGUGGAGCAGAACACCAAUGGGGUGAACUUCUACAACAUUCUAACCCAGCAACCAGAUGAGAAAGUCACUACUGCUGCAGGAGAAAACUUCAUCUCUCUGCAAGCCCACCGCCACAUUCGCCCUCUGCACAAGCAAUCACUGAACGAACUGAUGAACGGACCAAUAAGGAAGAAACUGGCCAUCAUCCCUCAGAAUGUCACUUGGGGAGGUCAAGCAGAAGACGUGUUCAGCAACAUGGCGGGUGAUUUCAUGAGGCCAGUGGUGGAUAUAGUGGACCAGUUGUUGACAGCUGGAGUCAAUGUGACAGUUUACAAUGGCCAGCUGGACCUUAUAGUGGACACCAUGGGUCAGGAGCUUUGGGUGAAGCAGCUAAAGUGGGAGGGGCUUUCUGGCUUUAGCCAGCUGAGGUGGACCCCUCUGGAUGACCCAGCCUCCCCAGGAACCACUGGAGCCUUUUUCAAGACUUACAAGAACUUUGCAUUCUACUGGAUCCUCAAAGCUGGUCACAUGAUCCCUUCAGACCAGGGAGCCAUGGCCCUGCAGAUGCUGAAGAUGAUCACGCAGCAGGACUGAAUGAAUGUUGUGGCAGCUGGGACGGCUCUGACAAUCACAGAAAUUCUUUGUUUGUUUUUUUGUUUACUUGCUUUACAAAAUUUACUUUGAUAUCAGGUUCACUUGACUUAAAGCUCUGUAAAUUCCACUCACUAAAUACAACUUUCUUUUAUAAAUACUCUUGCACGCUUUCAUUUUUUCUUGGCAUGCUUCUUUGGGAGACGUGGAUCUAAACUAACUUUAACUGAGUGAAUUGAUUUGCAGGUGAUGAAUGACCAUAAAACAGAACCUUUUGCACCAUCUGCAAAGGAUCUGAGGCUUAUGCCCCUAUAAUCUACCCCAUCAUUUUGCCAUCACCAUCUAUAGUGACUCUCUUUGAAGAAUUUGAAUUAAUGAAUUAUAACAUUUAAUUUCCCAUUGUGAUCAAUAAAGCAUUUUGAAUUGAAUUUGAAUAAGGGUGUUGAAAAAGUUUAGGCUCCACUUUUCCACUUGGAAAGUGAUAGAAAUGAAAAUUGGAGCAAAAACGUUUUAGUCCUGACAUGGAUGAUAUCCUCCACAAUAAUGUCCUGAUCAAAUUGUAUAGAAUAAAGAAUGAAGGAAUGUCUGGCA